AUCCAAAACCCUAAAAUUUAUCUAUAUAAAUGCAAUUCAAUUGUGGCUAUUAGGGUUUCCAAUUUGCAACACUACCCGGCACUUCCUCUCUUCGUAAUCUCUUACUUUAAGAUUUCAGUCUCAGUAAACUUUUUUAUCGCCAGCCAAAAUGGGGAAGACUCGUGGAAUGGGAGCUGGUCGUAAGCUGAGAACCCACCGUAGAAGGCAGAGGUGGGCCGACAAGUCAUAUAAGAAGUCAAAUCUCGGAAAUGAAUGGAAGAAACCUUUUGCUGGAUCAUCACAUGCCAAGGGCAUAGUUCUUGAGAAAAUUGGCAUUGAAGCUAAGCAGCCUAAUUCUGCUAUCCGAAAAUGUGCUCGUGUUCAGUUGAUCAAGAAUGGAAAGAAAAUUGCUGCCUUUGUACCCAAUGACGGUUGCUUAAACUACAUUGAGGAAAAUGAUGAGGUAUUGAUUGCUGGAUUUGGACGAAAGGGGCAUGCUGUGGGAGAUAUUCCCGGAGUUCGGUUCAAGGUUGUUAAGGUUUCGGGUGUGUCUCUUCUAGCUCUUUUCAAAGAGAAGAAGGAGAAGCCAAGGUCUUAAAAGAAUUUAACUUUUAAUGGUUCACUUAAUCUUUGUUAUUUAUAAAAAACCUAGUGUUUGGGAUUUUGUAAUGAAGGAUUUUAGAUAUUCAACUCAAACUGUGUUCUGUUUUUGGUUUCAAAUCUAAAAUUUUGUUUGGUAGAUUAUUA